UUAAUAUUACUAUUUAUAGUUUCAGAUGACUAAAUGAUGACUGUCUAUUCAAAAUGUUACUCUCCAAUGGGAGUCUGGAAAGGGUUGGGACGGAUUCAUACUCCAGGAGUAGGUUUGGGACGGAUUCAUACUCCAGGAGUAGGUUUGGGACGGAUUCAUACUCCAGGAGUAGGUUUGGGACGGAUUCAUACUCCAGGAGUAGGUUUGGGACGGAUUUCUGGACGAUCUCAAACUACUCGGCAAGUACUUGUUAGAAACCUUAACAUUCGAACUUUUCCUCACUCCGGAUCUAUUUUAACUCUUGGAGCAAGGAAGGAAAAAGAGCUGUUUGGGAAUGGAAACUCCUUCAGAUAUUUCAGGUGGGAUGCAAAGCCGGAUAAUGUAUUUGGACAGAGUUUUCGACAGGGGCUGAAUAAACGUGCGCAUCCUCUAUUCUUGGCUCUCAUGGCAAUAUUCUUGAUUCCGUUUUUCAACUGGAAGGAAUUCUUUAGCAAGGACUCAUACGUACCAAAAAUAGUUCAGUACAUGUUCCUUGUGUUGAGUGGCGGGGAUAGAAACUAUGAAUAUUUACAAGAAAAUAAUAUGUCGAGUAGUCUCGCCGCGGAGGUUUACGACAAGUACGGCGACGAAGGGCUGGCGGCCAUGAAAAAAGCAUGGGAAGAAACUAGGGAUAUGCCCGGUAGUUCGGACCAGAAGGCGGUACAUGCUAUUAUGAUGGCACAGGCGGCAGUAAGAUACAAGAAGGAGGUAAUUGAAGAGGCAGAGAAACUAGGACUCGACAAGGAUGAAGUGAUGAAGGAACUAAUAUCGGAGCCAGUUCUGCAAACAGGAACAGUCGGUGGUAAGGCGGUAGUAGCUCCGCCAUCCGGAAGAUUUGGAGUAAAAGCAGAGGAAUCUAAAAGCAAUUGGUUUGGUUUAAAAGCUGAAGAGGAAUUGGUUGAAGAAACACUACUGGAAUUUGAAGAAAAGCGGCAUGAGAACAAGGUUGGAUUUAGAGACAGGAAGAUUAUUGAAUAUGAGAACCGAGUUCGUCAUUACUCAACUCCGGACAAAGUUUUCAGAUAUUUUGCUACUUAUAAACUCACAGAUGACAAGGAUCAUUCAGAGGUUAUGAUGACACCUGAAGAUUUCCUCCGUUCAAUAUCUCCUGGAGAAAAACAACCAGAUCAUCUAGGACUAGAUCAGUUUAUACAGGUUGGAUUAGAGAGUAUAGGAGAUAUAUCUCCUCUACAGACUGUAGAUAGGAGCAGUAUAUUCUAUCAACUAGGAUCAGGAGGACUAAUCUCCUUCUCAGAUUAUAUUUUCCUUCUCACAGUCCUCUCAACCUCUCGCAGGCAUUUUCAAAUAGCGUUCAAGAUGUUUGAUUUGAACGGAGAUGGAACUGUAGAUGCAGAGGAGUUUGAGAAGGUUACAACACUUCUCCGUUCAACUUCAAGUACUGGAGCUCGGCACAGGGACCAUGGAGUUACGGGCAGCACGUUUAAGGGAAUCAAUUCAGGACUCAUCACUUUCUUCUUCGGAAAGGAAAAGAAAGGAACUCUGACUGUUGAAAGAUUCCUUGAUUUCCAGCGUCGUCUUCAAGAAGAGAUCCUUGAGCUAGAGUUUAGAAAGAAGGGGGGUCAGGAGAACGGAACAAUCUCAGAACGGGACUUCGCGGAACUUCUAAUUGCCUACGCAGGGUUUACGUCGAAGAAGAAGACAAAAAUGCUAAGACGUGUCCGCAAAAUAUAUUCUGAUGACGCAAGCCUUGGAAUUACACUUAAAGAUUAUUUAAAUUUCUAUCAGGUUCUGUUCAGUAUCAAUGAUAUAGAUAUAGCUCUGACCUAUCAUACUAUUGCUGGAGCUCCUAUUGAGAGGGCAACCAUGAAGCAUGUUGCCAGAACUGUUGCUCACGUGGAUUUGUCAGAUCAUCUAGUAGAUGUCGUCUUCAAUCUCUUCGAUGACAAUGGCGAUGGAAAACUAUCAAAUAAGGAGUUUGUGAGUGUAAUGAAACAGAGAGCAAUGCGAGGUCUCGAGAAACCAAAAGAAAUCGGGAUAAGCCGAGUAUUCACGUCAAUAUUCAAGUGUGCCGCCGAUUGUAGACCAGCAGUUAUCGGCGGUGUGCGGAGAACGGAAUAAAAUUUUAGAAUUUUUGUUUUAGUCGCAGUUUUAUUACAAAUUGUUAUUUUGUUUAUUUAUUCAUUCUGAGUAUCGUAGUUUCUCCUAUUUGGCAGUACAAAAAACGUUAUAUAUACCUUAGUUAGCAGGUACAUUUUUUGUCAUUAAGAUGUACAUUGUACAUAUAGAACUAAAUUUUAAACUUCCUUAUCAAAGUAGCAUGUUUGUUAAUUGUUUUAAAAUGUGUUAAAAAAAUCUUUCUUCAUUGUUGCUUCUUAAAUAUCUCUUCUCCGCUCUGUACUGAAUUUCUUUCCUACACUCGUCGUCGUCUUUUUUUGGUUGAUUACUUUGAAUUAGACCCCAGCUCCUUCACUCCACCAAAGUAGAAUUAUAGUCACUCCCUUUUAUUCUACGUACUGCUAAGAAAAUAUAAAUAUUUUCUAGAAUAUACAAA